UUGCAGUUCGUUCCCUUGAACCCGCGGCCUAUGCUGCAAUCACUCGUCAACGACGAAGUGCGCAUCCGCCUGAAGUGGGGCCAAGAAUACACUGGUCUGCUCGUCUCGGUCGACUCGUACAUGAACAUUCAGCUUUCGAACGCCGAGGAAUGGAUUGAUGGAAAGUCCGGUGGUAGCCUCGGUCAGGUCCUCAUCAGAUGCAACAACGUCCUCUGGAUCUCAUCAAACAACAAAUCGAAGAAGGAGGAUGUGGAGAUGAGUUGA